GAUAUGCUCUGGUAGGUAAUCGUGAUAAACCUAUCCAGUAUGUAUUCAGUAUAGCAUCCCUCUGCCAUUCUACGGCAAUCGGAAGCUUAUCAUACAAUCUUAUGCCGCAAGAUUUCAAGACUCGGACCCUGGUCUGGAAUACAAAGCUACUUUACCUAGAUAGGCAGCUCUCUUGCGUAUUGACCCACGACCUCUUGUUAAUCGAUAACCUUUGACUCCUUGAUUGGCCAUCCUGUAACUAUUAUUCCCGUACAUAUCCGGUCACUUCCAUGGUACGUACAUGUUAAAUUCUUAUCACAUUACUCGAUCAAUCAAUAGGUUCUUAAAUCAGGUACCCUAAUUAUCAUCAUCUUUCAGAAUAGACACAGCGCAACGGAAAAGAUAAUCAUGAAUCAAUCAAGCGUUUGCAAAGAUGAUGCUUUUGGUCCUAUUGUUCACGGAUGCCGGGAAGACUUUGAUUUUACACUUCUAUUUGAACAGAGCUUCUUUUCCAUACUGCCUUCUAUAAUCUUUAUAUUAAUUUCAUCACGAAAGAUCUACUCCCUAUGGAUACAGCCUAGGAGAGUGUCAGAUACUAGUGCUCAAUUUUUUAAGUUGCUUUUCAUUAUUUUAUAUGGCCUACUUCAGAUUGUUCUUCUUGUUCUGUAUUGUAUUCGCAACACCAAAGAUACACGUACUAGCAUUCCUUCACUAGUGCUAUACAACAUAGUGGUAGUAUUUCUCUGUGUGUUGUCAUAUCAGGAGCACAUUAAAUCAAUUCGCCCAUCGAGUAUAUUGAAUGUGUAUUUGCUAUGUACACUGGCUUUUGAUGCUGUUCAAAUCAGGACUAUUUGGUUGAUUGAUAAUGAUACAGCUAUCGCGGGAGUUUUCACUGCAUCGUUGGCUCUGAAGUUAUGUAUUUUCUUACUAGAAGCAGGGGAAAAACAUCAGUUUUUGUAUCAUGAUGACAGAAAUCAUGGCCCGGAAGAAAAGAGCGGCAUUUUCAACAGAGCUGUAUUUUGGUGGUUAAACGACCUUCUGAUCCAAGGACGAAAGAAUAUUUUAGCACUCGAAGAUCUUUAUCCAUUGAAUGAGGACCUUUCAACUAGAGAUUUAUUUCCUAAGUUCCAAACUGCCUGGGAAAAAGGUGCUAAGACCGGUAGCUAUCGCGCUCUUUAUGCAACGUUCAAAGCCCUCCUUGGACCAAUACUUGUUACAAUGAUCCCGCGAGUCUGUCUUAUUGGCUUCAACUUUUGCCAGCCACUUUUAAUACAUCGAUUUACUACUUACCUACAACAAGCUGUCACCGAGAAGACUACAAACCAAGGUUAUGGUCUUGUUGGAGCAUACGGUAUUGUUUAUCUAGGAAUAACGCUCUCUACUGCCGUCUAUUAUCGUCUGACAUACCGGUCAUUGAUCAUGGUAAGAGGCGUCUUGGUGCCGGCAAUAUAUCAAAAAACAACUCAGAUGGGCAUUGGAGACUUUGACAAUGCUGCAGCGGUGACUUUAAUGAGUGCGGACACCGAACGUAUUAUAUACGCAUUAAGGCAGAUGCAUGAAGUAUGGGCCAACAUUAUAGAAGUUGGAUUAGCAACUUGGCUCUUAUACACACAGGUCGGCUUCGCCUGCUUUGCUCCUUUGGUCAUUGCUGCAGCUUGUGGUACUGCUUCAAUCUGGCUUAGUUCCAAAGCAAAUGUUCAACAGCGCGAGUGGAUGGCUGUUAUACAAAAACGAGUGGCUACAACAGCGGCCACUUUUUCGGCAAUAAAAGGAGUCAAGAUGUUGGGAUUGACGCAAAAGCUUUUCGAAACAAUUCACGCCCUAAGACUCACGGAACUCCAAUCAGCGAAAGCGUUUCGACAAAUAGAAGUUGUUACAGCUUUCUUCGCCUUUCUACCUGAAAUGAUAUCUCCAGUCGUCACUUUUGCUAUAUUUAUAAAUAUAGCGAAUCAUAAUGGCGAAGCGUUCGCCUCGUCGGUAGUUUAUACAUCUAUCUCAACACUUUUGCUUGAGACACAGCCAUUGACACAGCUCUUUCAAGUCAUCCCACAACUUGCAGCUGCUGUUGGUUCCUUCGGUCGUAUAUCUAAUUUUUUGGACAGCCAGUCUUUGGUAGACAAGCGCGAAGAAUUCGACUUCAAUGUCAUAGCAAGAAGUGAGGCUUCUUUGGCAAGCACCGACGAUAUUAAACUAAAAGAUCUGAAACAUUCUCGAGAAAUAAAAUCAUCUGAUUUUUUGAAUCUUCCUAUCAUGCCACUAGUCAACAAAAUCGGCAUCAAAAUCCAAGGAGGUGCGUUUGGCUGGAUAGAGAAUCGCCACACCCUUCACCAUAUAGACCUUGAAUUCCCAAAAUCACAGCUUACUAUGGUGAUUGGACCAGUGGCAUCUGGAAAGUCAACUCUGUGCAAUGCGAUCUUGGGAGAGAUUCCAUUUUCCGAAGGCAUAAUGCAACUCUCAUCUUCUCAAAUAGCACUCUGUGACCAAACUCCGUUCUUGACUAAUGCGACGGUACGAGAAAAUAUAGUUGGAUCAUCGGUGUUUGAUGAUUUGUGGUACAAUACUGUUAUUGAGGCUGUUUCACUGCGCCAGGAUCUCAAGAGCUUGCCAUUCGGAGACCAAACAUUGGCCGGUGCGAAUGGUUUGGGAUUGAGUGGUGGCCAGAAACAAAGAGUAUCAAUUGCAAGGGCAGUUUAUUCAAGAAAUAGUAUCGCACUCUUUGACGAUGUUUUCAAUGGCCUUGACGCAACCACCAAACAACGCGUCUUUAACAACAUCUUCGGAGCUAGAGGCCUGCUACGUCAGGGGCAAGUCACUGUCAUACUAUUUACAAACGAUGUCGAUCUCAUACAAUUUGCUGACCAUGUUGUUGCUCUUGGAACUACUGGAACUGUUAUCGAGCAAGGUUGUCCUAAUUUGCUUCUUAGUACUCAAGGUUAUACUCAGCGUUUAGUAGCAUCCAACUUGAAGGUUAUAGAGAACAUUUCGGAAGGGAGUGCAGAAGCUGCUAGCGCUCCAAGUGCCACCACUGAAUCGAACGAGCAGGCGAUCACUGUCCCAGAUAUUGCCGCAGAAGGGAAUAACAAUACCGAUCUUUCAGUGUAUUGGUAUUAUUUUACGUCUAUUGGGCUCUUCAAUAUGAUCCCCUACCUAUUUCUGGCGGCGUCAUUUGGCUUUUUCUACAGCUUUCCACUUGUCUGGCUAAGCUGGUGGUCUGAAGCAAACAAGAAAAAUACAAUGUAUCUGACGGUAUAUAGUAUCUUCCAGUUGCUUGGUCUACUCUCAAUCACCCUCCUCGCGCAACAUGGACUAAACAGAAUGGCCAAGAAGUCAGGCAAGAACUUACACCUAAGGCUUCUUAAGACAGCAAUGUUUGCGCCUUUAAAUUUCUUUCACACUACUGAUUCUGGAUCUAUUGCCAACAGAUUCUCACAAGACAUUUUGCUGAUUGAUACAGAACUUCCCAAUGCGCUAAUGAACAUAGCUGCCUUGAUAUUCAUGAUGUUAGGACAGGCAAUAAUUAUUGCUAUUGCAUCACCAUACCUAGCUAUCUCUUAUCCCUUUUUGAUUGGGAUUCUUUACUUCAUCCAGAAGUUUUACCUUAGAACUUCUCGCCAACUUCGUAUUCUGGAAUUAGAAGCAAAGUCGCCAUUAUACACACAUUUCCUCGAAACCUUACGUGGGCUCCGGACAAUAAGAGCUUUUAACUGGGCCGCAACAAACCAAGAGCUCAAUUCAAAACUUCUUGAUACAUCUCAACGGCCGAUAUACCUUCUUUUCAUGGUUCAGCAAUGGUUGGCAGUCGUUUUAAACCUGGUGACUACAGCCAUAGUAAUCAUUUUGGUUGGUGUCGCUACUGCCACCCGAUCUCAACACAGUUAUAUUGGCCUUGCUCUCGUAAAUCUCAUGUCCUUCAAUAAUAUUCUAAAGAGUAUUGUUAUACUCUGGACCACACUGGAAACCUCGAUAGGUAGUGUCUCGAGGAUCAAAACAUUCAGCGAAACCACCAAGUCAGAGACUGAGGCCUCGUCUCAAGACAUGAUAGGUCCAAGUGAGAUUUGGCCACAGCAUGGUGUUGUUGAGUUCAAAGAUGCCUGGGCCACGUACAAUGAAAAUCGCAAUCCCGUGUUGAAACACGUAGAUCUAUUGAUCAAACCAGGGGAAAAAAUCGGAAUCUGUGGAAAAAGUGGCAGGUGUGUAAAUGAAAUCCGAAUCCAUGCUAGUCUCACAAAAGAAUAGUGGCAAAAGCUCCUUGAUUCUCACUUUAUUUCGAAUGCUCGACCUUUCACAAGGCGGCAUCUUUAUUGACAAUAUCGAUAUCACGCGACUUCCCCGAGAACAAAUUCGCUCAUGUCUUAACGCUAUACCACAAGAGCCCUUUUUCUUGAAAGGUACACUGAGAGAUAAUCUUGACCCGCAUGGGGUAUCAGAAGAUGCUUCUCUGAUAAAAGCGUUGGAAAUGGUAUCGUUGAAGUCUAUCAUACCGAGCACUAACAAUCUAGAUUGUGAAAUGGACGCCGAGGUUCUAAGUCACGGUCAAAAACAACUUUUCUGCCUCGCUCGUGCGAUAGUUCGCCCUGCCAAAAUUCUGAUCAUGGACGAAGCUACAAGCAAUGUGGACCAAGAGACCGAUGCUUUGAUGCAAGGCAUCAUUAGAGAUGUAUUUGGGGGUUGCACAAUCAUAGCCGUUGCGCAUCGUCUAAAUACCAUCGUAGACUUCGACCGGAUUGCGUUGUUCGAUAAUGGAGAGCUUAUGGAGUGCGAUAGUCCGGCAAAUCUGCUUGCACGACCUUCUUUGUUCAAGAAGUUGUAUGAGGACCAGCAGCUCAAUUAUUGAGUGUGUUCCAGGAGGAUAUUGUCACGAACGGGCGGUUCAAUCCUGCAUGGGCAGUUUAAAUGGACACGUGACUAAGGGACCUGAUUAUAGGAAAACCCUCGGUAGGAAUUGGAUCA